AUGUCCCAGCUCACAGAGGAGAACCUCAAGCAGAUGCCGGUCUCGACCCCGCCGUCGACCGGCUCCCGCACCCCGUCGCUCCACCAGCCCACACUCUCCCGUCGCUCUUCGCUCUCUGGCGUCGGUAUCGGCCCCAGCCACAAUGUCGACACCGCUCAAAUCGGCAUUCCGGUGACGACCCCUCGUCGCGAGCGCCCCAAGACCCACAAGCGCUCACUCACGGGAUCGUACUUCCCUGCCCAGCCCGGUGCACCCGAUGAUGAGGUCCUCCCCGGCGACCCAGAGGUCUGGAAGACUGCACUCAAGGCCGAGCAUGUGGACAAGGAAGACACCCAGGCCGUGGCCAACUCGGUUGUUCGUCACGUCACCACCACUCUUGCUCGCCAGGCCGCCAACCUUGACGAUAUUGCCGCGUACCAGGCAACUGCCCUCUCAGUCAAGGACCAGCUCCUCAAGCGUUGGAAUGAGACCACUACCUACCACACCAAGCACGCUCCCAAGCGCGUUUACUACUUUUCUAUCGAGUGGCUUAUGGGCCGCUCCCUCGACAACGCUGUCCUUAACCUGGACAUGCGCAACACGUACGAGACGGCUACACAGAAGCUCGGCUUUAACUUUGAGGACCUUCUCAACGAGGAGCGUGACGCUGCACUUGGUAACGGUGGUCUUGGCCGCCUUGCCGCGUGCUACAUUGACAGUAUGGCUACUCUCAACCUUCCCGGCUGGGGUUACGGUCUUCGCUACUCGUACGGCAUUUUCAAGCAGCUCAUCUCGAACACCGGCGAGCAGCUCGAGGCUCCUGACCCGUGGCUCGACCGUGAGAACCCUUGGGAGAUUGCCCGCAUCGAUGUGUCGUACCCCAUCCGCUUCUAUGGCCGCGUCGAGUCGAUUCCCAACACUUCGCGCGCUAUCUGGUCGGGCGGUACCGAAUGUCUGGCUGUUGCCUACGACGUACCCGUCCCCGGCUUUGCCACCAAGAACACUGCCAACCUCCGUCUCUGGGCGUCUCGUCCCAUCCAGGGCUUUGACCUGAACUCGUUCAACGCCGGUAACUAUGAGGCGUCAGUUCAGAGCAGCAGUGACGCCGAGAACAUUACUCGCGUCCUGUACCCCAACGACAACAUGUACGCCGGCAAGGAGCUCCGUCUCAAGCAGCAGUACCUCUGGUGCUCUGCCUCGCUUCAGGACAUUCUCCGUCGCUACCAGAAGCUCGACCUCUCUUGGGAGCAGCUGCCCGAUUACGUUGUCAUUCAGAUGAACGACACGCACCCGACCAUCUCGAUUGUGGAGCUCAUGCGCAUCCUCAUUGACGAGGAGGAGGUUCCGUACGACGUUGCCUGGAAGAUUACCACCAAGGUGUUUGCCUACACCAACCACACCGUCCUCCCCGAGGCGCUUGAGAAGUGGCCCCUCCCUCUCUUUGAGAACCUCCUCCCUCGCCACCUCCAGCUCAUCUACCAAAUCAACCUCAACUUCCUCAACGAUGUGGCCAAACGAUUCCCUGGUGACAUGGACCGCAUUCGCCGCAUGUCCAUCAUUGAAGAGGGCACCCCCAAGUUUGUCCGCAUGGCCCAUCUCGCCAUUGUCGGCUCCUUCAAGGUCAACGGUGUUGCCGAGCUUCACAGCCAGCUGCUCCAGUCGACCAUUUUCCGUGACUUCGUCGAGUUCAAGGGCCGUGACAGCUUUACUAAUGUCACCAAUGGCAUUACUCCUCGCCGUUGGCUGCUGCAGUGCAACCCGCGCCUUGCGCAGCUCAUCACCGACACUCUUGGCUCGGAGCACUGGCUUGUCCACCUCAAGCAGAUUGCUCAGCUUCUCCCGAUGGCGGACAACGCGCAGUUCCGCGCAGCGUUCCGUGAGAUCAAGAACGAGAACAAGACCCGUCUUGCCGAAGUUCUGGCAUCAGAGCUCAACAUCCAGGUUGACAUCGACAGUGUCUUCACCUGCCAGAUCAAGCGUCUCCACGAGUACAAGCGCCAGACUCUCAACAUCUUUGGUGUCAUCUUGCGUUACUUGCAGAUCAAGAAGGCUACUCCGGAGGAGCGCAAGAAGUUUGUAAAGCACACUGCCAUCUUUGCCGGCAAGGCCGCUCCAGGCUACUACAUUGCCAAGCUUGUUAUCCGCCUCAUCGUCAACGUUUCCAAGAUCGUCAACAAUGACCCUGACGUCGGCCACCUUCUCCGUGUUGUGUUCAUCCCCGACUACAGCGUCUCUGUCGCUGAGGUCCUUGUCCCCGCGGCGGACGUCAGUGUGCAGAUUUCGACGGCUGGCACUGAGGCGUCUGGAACCAGUAACAUGAAGCUCGGCCUUAACGGUGCCCUGCUUCUCGGUACCGUCGACGGCGCCAAUAUUGAAAUCGCGGAGGAUGUGGGAGAGGAGAACGCUUUCCUUUUCGGCCACCUUGCUGCGGACGUUGACGCUGUUCGCUAUGCGAACUCGUACAACCCAACGCCUCUUGCCGAGCGCUCGCCCGAGCUCGCCGAGGUCUUCAAGGCCAUCGAGGCCAACACCUUUGGCGACGGCCACAUUUACGAGCCCCUUCUCAAGCCUAUCUACGACAACGACUACUACCUUGUGUCCAACGACUUUGGCUCGUACCUUGCCGCUGAGCGCCUCGUCGAUGAGCUCUGGCGCGACCAGGAGGAGUGGACCAAGAAGUCGAUUAGGACUGCCUUCUCCAUGGGCGACUUCACGUCUGACCGCUCCAUCCAAGACUAUGCCGACUCUAUCUGGUCUAUCGAGCCCGACCCGGUUCCCGAGAAUUAA